CAGCAAUCAUACAGAGGUGUUCCUGGACCUGUGCAAUCAGGUGGACUUUGGGGAGAGGGCCCUUAAGGAUAUGUUCCGGCAUGGAUUGGUGGAUGGGCUGCGCUAUCUAAUGCCAUUGGGCCGAGAGAUGGGGUCCUUUACAGACCUCAACCUAGCGCUGCUCUGUGGGCUGCAGAGCCAGGUCAGCCACGCAUGCCCGAAACCCCUACAGUACCUCGGCCCAACCCAGGCCUGUGUACGCUGGUGACCGAGCCUGUCCACAUGGGAGCCAGACCGGAAAGCUCGGUCGAGGCCCGUGUGAACCGGCUGAUCGCCAAGCUGGUGGACACCCCGAUGGUGCCGGUUCAGGCGGCCGGCAUCCCUACGGCACCGGCUGGAGCACCUGAGGCACCUGAAGCACCUGAACCCGCCGACGCACCCGAACCCGCCGACGCACCCGAACCCGCCGACACAGCGGAACCCGCUGAGCGGAACCGACCGGGUUGAUGGAACCGACCAGGUCGACGGAACCAGCCGGGCCGACCGGGCUGACGGAGCCAACCGAACUGACCGGGUCGACAGAAUCGACCGGGUCGACUGAACCAGCCGACCCUACCGGGUCGACGGAACCGCCGGGUCAACCGAGCCAGCCGAACCUAUCGGGUCGACGAAACCAGCCGGACCGACCGGGUCAACGGAACUGACCGGGUCGACGGAACCACCCGGGCCGACCGGGUCGACGGAAGCAGCCUAACCGACCGGGUCGACGGAACCGACCGGGUCGACAGAACAAGCCGAACCGACCGAGUCGAUGGAACCGACCGGGUCGACGGAACCAGCGAGUAUGGUUGCGCCCAAGCCCCGUAGACUCUCUGUCCUGCCUGAAGGGCUUGGUACCGAACUGCUCUGCCUAUCUGCUCUGUCAAUCCCUAGUUUUGUCUCCCUGUCUCUGUCAGUCUCUCCCUCUCCUGUCCCUACUUAUAGGUUCAGAGCACCUCCAGCACCACCCUGGCCGCCAACUCUGCUAUGGUCUCUGGCUCGACCUGUAGCACCACCCUGGCUUCCAGCUCUGCUCGGGUCUCUGUCUCCACCUGCAGCACCACCCUGGCCGCCAACGCCAUUAUGGUCUCUGGCUCGGCCUGCAGCACCACCCUGGCCGCCAACUCCGUUGUGGUCUCUGGCUCGGCCUGCGCCACCACCCUGGUCUUCUGUCCUGCUAUGGCCUUCUGCUCCGCCGGCUCCGCCGGGGUCUGUAAUGAGACUGUCUCUCUGUUUCUGCCCUGUUUCUGUCUGCUGCCUUUCCCUGUUGUUAAUUGUUUGCUCCGCCCACUCAUUGUUUACCACAGACAUUAACUGAACUCCAUCUCUCCUUCAGGUGUGGUGUCUUUGUCUCUGAUUGUCUCUGCUUUGUCAUUGGUUCCUGUCAGUUAUAUAUAUAUACUCUGUUUUCUCACUUCCCUGUUGCUAGUCGUUGUCCAUAUGUUUGUGUUCCUGUUUCCCGUUAGCUCUGUGUGUUGCCUAGUUUUUCCUGUCUGUUAUCUGUUUCUUGACUUGGUUUAUUAAAACGUUUCAUCUGCAUUUGGAUCCUCACUUGCCUUUGUCCUGCACCGUGACUGCUGGUAUAAUGCUGGUCAGUGCUCGUAUAAUGCUGGUCAGUGCUGGUAUAGUGCUGGUAUAGCUGGGUGGCCAGCAUAGUCAUGGUGUUAUCAAGCAAAACGGGGCUGGUGUAGCUGGUUAACCAGUAUGAUCUUGCUGGAAUGAGCUUUAU